CACUCAUGUCAAUAACAUCUUUUUUUACUAACUUUAUUUAAUUACUAAGAACAUAUACCAUAUUUACAACAGUCUUGACUACGGCAAGUAAUGUUGCAUCAUCACAUGUUAUUACUGGAAACUAAUUGUCGACAGGUGAAAGGCCUCAACAUUCCAUUAAUUGACACGACGUAUUCCCAAAGGAAACCUGUGAUAACUGACACGUCGCUAGAAGAUGCAAACAGAAUUAUAUUCAGUCCGUGGGACGCAAUCUCGGGCUACGAGGAGCCCGUGACCGACAAUGUAAUAGACAUUCCGGGCAAUAUCGGCGGCGUAGUGGGCAUUCCCGACGUUGAUAGCAAUCGGAAAAACAAGGAGAGUACCCGUCUUGCGCCGAGAAUAGAGCAAAUACCAAAUAAAUUGAACAUUAGUGCUGAAGAUGAGAAAUCCAAUAAAUCAUCCUCCUUCAGCCAGCUUGUUAUGAGAGUGCAGUCUGUACAUUUUCAUAAGGGUCGGGUUAACGUCACGUGUGUAGCGCACGUUUUAUCGGUGUGGUCGGCGAGCGGAGUACUUUUGCUUGACGAGGAGAGACCUCAAAUUGCGCCUGUCAUGGGCAGCCGAGAUUCCAAUUCGGGCGUACGCAGGACUCCGUCCCUCGUUGCCGCGUUGACGUUGUUCAACAUUUUUUUGUAUUGGCAUUGGUCAAUCCGAUGAUUAGAAGACUAAGAAAAUAUAAUAAGAACUUGUCUUUUCUCGUCUCAACUCAGUGUUAGACUAAAGUUUUAGUGAAUACAAACGAAACAAUGCAGGUGAAGGGAAAGCUGCGACGUGACUUAGUAGUGAAUUUUAUACCUGUAAAUAAACUAGAUAUAAUAUGUUAGACAUUUUAAGGGAGAUAGUGAUGUUUUGCUUAACUGGCAUUAUGUAUUAAACAGUUAACUUCUACCUAAGAACUUAAAAUAAAAUGAU